UGUCAGACAGCGGAAGAGCUAGCUCGGCUGUGCUCUGUCAUGAAUCGGUCUUGUAAAUAGCAAAUGGAAGAGUAAUAUUUUGUGUCAUGGUGGCUCCGGUGUAGCGAGUAUCUUAAACGAUACCCCAAGGAACACUAAUUCCUCCACAUUCCUCUGCUCGGAUUGCUGGAACAAGGUGUGAAUGACAGACGUGGUGCCACCCACUGCUCUUAGUGAAGUCCAGCUGCGGCUCCUCUGCCACGAUGACAUAGAAAGUGUCAAGCUGCUUUGUGGCGAUUGGUUCCCAAUCGAGUACCCAGACUCAUGGUACCAGGACAUCACAUCCAACAAGAAGUUCUUCUCCCUGGCUGCCACCUUCAAGGGAGGCAUUGUGGGAAUGAUUGUGGCUGAGAUCAAAGGCCGGACCAAAGUACACAAAGAGGAUGGAGACAUCCUGGCUUCCAGUUUUCCUGUGGACACACAGGUAGCCUACAUCCUCAGCCUAGGAGUGGUCAAGGAGUUCAGGAAACAUGGAAUAGGCUCUCUGCUGCUGGACAGUCUGAAGGAGCACAUUUCCACCACGGCGCAGGAUCACUGUAAGGCCAUCUACCUUCACGUCCUCACCACCAACAACACUGCCAUCCACUUCUAUGAGAACAGGGACUUCAGGCAGCACCACUACCUGCCCUACUACUACUCCAUACGAGGUGUCCUCAAAGACGGAUUCACAUACGUCCUCUACAUCAACGGUGGACAUCCACCCUGGACAAUAUUUGACUAUAUCCAGCACAUCGGCUCGGCCCUGGCCAGUCUGAGUCCCUGCUCCAUCCCACAGAGAUUAUACCGACAGGCCCAGUCCCUCCUGCGCUCCUUGCUGCCCUGGUCCAAUAUCGCCUCCAAAACUGGCAUCCAGUAUAGCAGAACUAUGUGAACCAUGGAGUGCUGCUUUGUGUUUCUCAUAGAAGUCUUCCCCUGUAUGCCGCAGGAUGUACAGUACACAGAGCAACACACACACACACUGACAACCUGAUAGAGACUGGAGUCCAUCCCCGCCUAUCUCCCUGCCUUCUCACCUUCUGUCCACCACUGUCACACAGACGAUUGAUGGCACGAAGCGAUAGAGAUCACGGUGCACAGAGAGACGAGCUUACGACGGUCCGCUUCGGAUGUACUCCCUCGACGUGAAUUUGAAAGGAGGAAGUGAGUUGAAUGCGUAAAGUGAAUCGGUCGACACGCGUUUGCAUCAGGUGGCGCCUCACAAACGCAGGUAGAGGCUCACGGAAACGGAAAACCAAAAAAAAAAAGAAGAAAAGAAAACGGAAACAAAACCAAUUUUCCAUCCUUUCAGCCAGUUUUAGUAGAUCUCCUGGAAGGGAACAUGUCGCCCCCUGCUGGCCGAGUCAGGUAUCGCUGGUCAUUAACUGUCACAACUUUCUGAGCCGAAUACCAUUGAAUCAUUUAAUUGAUUAAUAACUGUUCCGAGUUUUUGUGUUUUGUUUGUUUGUUUUUUAAGAAACACAUUUGACACGAUUGUACAAGAAUACUCGUUAAUGCGGAUAUAUAAAAUACUUAUGUAUACACACCAAAAUGUUUGUCAUGCAGAAUAAA